AAGUGACGUGUGCAGUGAUGGAGGCGCUGUACGGGCUGCCCUUCGCGCUGCUCGAAUGCCCCAACGUGAAGCUGAAGAAGCCGGGAUGGCUGCACACCCCGUCCGCCAUGACCGUGUACGCGCUCGUCAUCGUCUCCUACUUCCUCAUCACCGGCGGUAUAAUUUACGAUGUGAUUGUGGAACCUCCAAGUGUGGGAUCAAUGACAGAUGAACAUGGCCACCAGAGGCCAGUAGCCUUCUUAGCAUACAGAGUGAAUGGCCAGUACAUUAUGGAAGGCCUUGCUUCCAGUUUCCUGUUUACAAUGGGAGGUCUCGGGUUCAUCAUCUUGGAUCGUUCCAAUGCCCCUAACAUCCCAAAGCUGAACCGCUUCUUGCUUCUCUUCAUUGGAUUUGUCAGUGUCUUACUCAGUUUCUUCAUGGCAAGAGUCUUCAUGAGGAUGAAACUUCCGGGUUACCUGAUGGGUUAAAAGUUGUCAAAUCAGAGGAGCCCAAGCCAGAGUGUCCAGCAUUAAAGAAAACAAUCAAAAAUUGUUUUAACAAAACGUUUUAUGUUGUAAAGUCCGGAUGCAGGAACCAUUUGUAAAGGAACACAAUAAAUACAUUUUUACAUC